UUGGAUCAUGUUACAAUGUAUCUCGUCAAGCAAAACAAAGCCUUCAACUGUCGUGUCUUUUUGGCUCAGUGUUUGCAGUACGCAAUUCCAUUUUCCUCCAUACUCUCGUUGUAUUCAUCAUCAUCAUAUCCUCUGCUUAGCUUCUCUGAUAUCGACAUGCGUUCUGUAUCUCGAGGUUUGUUUUUGCCUCUGGCAAUACUUGUGCUGAUACCAUGCUUAUGUGCCUUCGGGAAGACUGAAAGUAAUGUGAAAUCAGCGGUUUUUCUGUCCCCCAAGUUUGAACUUGGACCGGGAUCGGUUGCCAAUAAGUAUUAUGAUGAUGUUGAUUUUCCAAGAGGUCAUAUUGCACUUAAGAGUUUCAAUGCUGAAGUAGUUGAUGAAGCAGGGAACCCUGUGCCUCUCCAUGAAACUUAUCUCCACCACUGGGUUGUUGCAAGGUACUAUCAACCAAAAUAUUUGACGACACACACAAGGUAUGAUGCUCAUAGGAUACUUCACGAUUCUGAGUCUGACUACGUCAUGGUGAGGAACAGUGGCAUAUGCCAAAGAAAUGCUCUGGGACAAUAUUAUGGCCUUGGAUCUGAAACGCGAGGAACUGCUACGGAUGUUCCGGAUCCUUUUGGAAUAGUUGUAGGUAACCCUGAAGAAAUUCCAGAGGGGUAUGAGGAGAUGUGGAUGAUCAAUGUUCAUGCAAUUGAUACACGUGGUGUAGUGGAUAAGAUGGGGUGCACUGAGUGCAAGUGUGACCUUUACAACGUUACAAAGGAUGAAUACGGGGAGCCUCUAAGGUCAGACUAUAAAGGAGGUUUGUAUUGUUGCUAUGAUGAUACCCAUUGCAGGUUGAGGGAAGGCUUUGAGGGCCCAAAGAGGAGCCUCUACCUGAGAUACACAGUAAAGUGGGUUGACUGGGACAAGUUUAUAGUGCCUGCUAAGAUUUAUAUACUUGAUGUGACUGAUACUUUAAAAAUAUCAGAUGAUUCUAGAGGGAAUUUUGAGCAUGAUUGCCGAGUUGAGUAUGAGGUUGAAUCUUGCAGCACUGACCACAAGGAUGGUAAUGGUUGUAAUCAUGUGAAGAGGACAAGCCUCCCAAUGCAAAAAGGUGGUUAUGUCAUCUAUGGUGUUGCUCAUCAGCAUUCAGGUGGCACCGGAUCAACUCUAUAUGGACAGGAUGGAAGGGUUAUAUGUUCCUCAAUACCAAGUUAUGGAAAGGGAAAGGAAGUAGGAAAUGAGGCAAACUACAUUGUAGGAAUGUCCACAUGUUAUCCUAAACCAGGUUCUGUGAAGAUAAUUGAUGGGGAGACUGUAACUCUAGAGUCUAACUAUAGCAGCAGCCGUGGGCACACUGGAGUGAUGGGGCUUUUCUACCUAUUGGUGGCAGAACAGCUUCCACACCAACACUUCAGACAUUCCUCUCGUUCUUCUUCAUUCUUUACGAAUAGUAUUUUUGAUUGAUAUAGGUAACUAGUGACAUGCUAUAUAUGAGUGGUGUACCAUGAUACAUUCUCGGGUUUGAGUAUCAGACAUAUUGUGGUGGUGAUAGUUUGUACUGUUUGUCUUAAACUAGUCCUCCUCAUAUGGUUAUGUGACAUGUUUUUUUUUUUACACAAAAUGGUCUUCUCCUUGGAGAUUGUUUGGCCAUGAAUCUAGCUGAAAUAAAUCAAGUGUUUAUUUUGAUAAGCUUCUGAAUAAAAUUUAGUGAGAUAAUCUAGAAAGAACUUGUGUAAUGAU